AUGAGCCGCAGGUUCACCGUCACGUCGCUACCCCACGCGGGGCCCGCCGGGACCACGGACCCGGGGCCCCACCGGCUUUCAGCCACAGACCGCCGCCGCCGCCUCAAGGGGGAAGACGCCAAAGGUGAUGGCAACCCUAAGGAGAGCAGCCCCUUCAUCAAUAGCACCGACACAGAGAAGGGGAAGGAGUAUGAUGGCAAGAACAUGGCCCUGUUUGAGGAGGAGAUGGACACCAGCCCCAUGGUGUCCUCCCUGCUCAGUGGCCUGGCCAACUACACAAACCUGCCCCAGGGAAGCAGGGAGCACGAGGAGGCAGAAAACAACGAGGGUGGAAAAAAGAAGCCGGUGCAGGCCCCCCGCAUGGGCACCUUCAUGGGCGUGUACCUACCGUGCCUGCAGAACAUCUUUGGGGUCAUCCUCUUCCUGCGGCUCACAUGGGUGGUGGGCAUCGCAGGCAUCAUAGAGGCCUUCUGCAUGGUCUUCAUCUGCUGCUCCUGUACGAUGCUGACGGCCAUUUCCAUGAGUGCAAUCGCAACCAAUGGUGUUGUGCCUGCUGGCGGCUCCUACUACAUGAUUUCCAGGUCUCUGGGUCCAGAGUUUGGGGGUGCCGUGGGCCUCUGCUUCUACCUGGGCACCACGUUUGCUGGGGCCAUGUACAUCCUGGGCACCAUUGAAAUCCUGCUGGCUUACCUCUUCCCAGCCAUGGCCAUUUUUAAGGCAGAAGAUGCCAGCGGGGAGGCGGCAGCCAUGCUGAACAACAUGCGUGUGUAUGGCACCUGUGUGCUCACCUGUAUGGCCACUGUGGUGUUUGUGGGCGUCAAGUACGUCAACAAGUUCGCCCUCGUCUUCCUGGGCUGUGUCAUCCUCUCCAUCCUGGCCAUCUAUGCUGGAGUCAUCAAGUCUGCCUUCGACCCACCCAACUUCCCGAUCUGCCUCCUGGGGAACCGCACACUGUCUCGCCAUGGCUUUGAUGUCUGUGCCAAGCUGGCGUGGGAAGGAAAUGAGACAGUGACCACACGGCUCUGGGGCCUUUUCUGCUCCUCCCAAUUCCUCAACGCCACCUGUGAUGAGUACUUCAUGCGAAACAAUGUCACGGAGAUCCAGGGCAUUCCUGGCGCUGCCAGUGGCCUCAUCAAAGAGAACCUAUGGAGCUCCUACCUGACCAAGGGGGUGAUUGUGGAAAGGCGUGGGAUGCCCUCGGCAGGCCUGGCAGAUGGUACCCCCGUCGACAUGGACCAUCCCUAUGUCUUCAGCGAUAUGACCUCCUACUUCACCCUGCUGGUCGGCAUCUACUUCCCCUCAGUCACAGGGAUCAUGGCUGGCUCUAACCGCUCUGGGGACCUGCGGGAUGCCCAGAAGUCAAUUCCCACUGGCACCAUCCUGGCCAUCGCUACCACCUCCGCUGUCUACAUCAGCUCCGUGGUCCUGUUUGGGGCCUGCAUCGAGGGGGUCGUCCUUCGGGACAAGUUUGGCGAAGCUGUGAACGGCAAUCUGGUGGUAGGCACCCUGGCCUGGCCGUCCCCCUGGGUUAUCGUCAUCGGAUCCUUCUUCUCCACCUGCGGGGCUGGGCUUCAGAGCCUCACGGGGGCCCCUCGCCUGCUGCAGGCCAUCUCCCGCGAUGGCAUAGUGCCCUUCCUCCAGGUUUUUGGCCACGGGAAAGCCAACGGAGAGCCAACGUGGGCCCUGCUCCUCACCGCCUGCAUCUGCGAGAUUGGCAUCCUCAUCGCAUCCCUGGACGAGGUCGCCCCCAUCCUCUCUAUGUUCUUCCUCAUGUGCUACAUGUUUGUGAACCUGGCCUGCGCGGUACAGACACUGCUGAGGACGCCCAACUGGCGGCCACGCUUUCGAUAUUACCACUGGACACUCUCCUUCCUGGGCAUGAGCCUCUGCCUGGCCCUCAUGUUCAUCUGCUCCUGGUACUACGCCCUGGUGGCCAUGCUUAUUGCUGGGCUCAUCUACAAGUAUAUCGAGUACCGCGGGGCAGAGAAGGAAUGGGGCGAUGGGAUCCGAGGCCUGUCUCUCAGCGCUGCUCGCUAUGCCCUGCUGCGCCUGGAAGAAGGGCCCCCUCACACCAAGAACUGGAGGCCACAGCUGCUGGUGCUGGUACGUGUGGACCAAGACCAGAACGUGGUCCAUCCACAGCUGCUCUCGCUGACCUCCCAGCUCAAGGCAGGGAAGGGCCUGACCAUUGUGGGCUCUGUCCUUGAGGGCACCUUUCUGGAUAACCAUCCGCAGGCCCAGAGGGCAGAGGAGUCCAUCCGGCGCCUGAUGGAGGCAGAGAAAGUGAAAGGCUUCUGCCAGGUAGUCAUUUCUUCCAACCUGCGAGAUGGCGUGUCCCACCUGAUUCAGUCCGGCGGCCUCGGCGGGCUUCAGCACAACACUGUGCUUGUUGGCUGGCCCCGCAACUGGCGACAGAAGGAAGACCAUCAGACGUGGAGGAACUUCAUCGAGCUGGUUCGGGAAACCACGGCCGGUCACCUGGCUCUGCUCGUCACCAAGAAUGUCUCCAUGUUUCCCGGGAACCCCGAGCGCUUCUCUGAAGGCAGCAUCGACGUCUGGUGGAUCGUGCAUGACGGCGGCAUGCUCAUGCUGCUGCCCUUCCUGCUGCGGCACCACAAGGUUUGGCGGAAGUGUAAGAUGCGAAUCUUCACCGUGGCCCAGAUGGACGACAAUAGCAUCCAGAUGAAGAAGGACCUGACCACAUUUCUGUACCACUUACGUAUCACCGCAGAGGUCGAGGUAGUGGAGAUGCAUGAGAGUGACAUCUCCGCUUACACCUAUGAGAAGACCCUGGUGAUGGAGCAGCGUUCCCAGAUCCUCAAACAAAUGCAUUUAACCAAGAACGAGCGGGAGCGGGAGAUCCAGAGUAUCACAGAUGAGUCUCGUGGCUCAAUCCGGAGAAAGAAUCCAGCCAACACACGGCUCCGUCUCAACGUCCCAGAAGAGACAGCUGGUGACAGUGAGGAGAAGCCGGAAGAGGAGGUGCAGCUGAUCCAUGACCAGAGUGCUCCCAGCUGCCCCAGCAGCUCACCGUCUCCAGGGGAGGAGCCCGAGGUGGAGGGCGAGGCAGAUCCAGAAAAAGUGCAUCUCACCUGGACCAAGGACAAGUCCGUGGCGGAGAAGAACAAGGGCCCCAGUCCUGUCUCCUCUGAGGGCAUCAAGGACUUCUUCAGCAUGAAGCCGAACCAGUCCAACGUGCGGCGCAUGCACACAGCCGUGCGGCUGAACGAGGUCAUCGUCCAGAAAUCCCAGGGCGCCAAGCUUGUUUUGCUCAACAUGCCUGGGCCUCCCCGAAACCGCAACGGCGACGAAAACUACAUGGAAUUCCUCGAGGUUCUCACCGAGCACCUGGACCGGGUGAUGCUGGUCCGCGGCGGCGGCCGCGAGGUCAUCACCAUCUACUCCUGA